UACAGAGGCGACCGGCCUUUCUCGUCACCGUCGUGCCAUUUGAGGUUAUUCAUUUGUUGUCAAUAAUUCUGAUAUAACCGUCGUCAUGACAAGCCCUGUUAUUGACAUUAAUGAGGGCAAGAUACGUGGUUACGAGAAGAAAAUUAAUAACAAAGUUUACUAUGGAUUUAAAGGGAUUCCUUAUGCCAAGCCACCUGUUGGAGAGUUGCGGUUCAGGGUUCCGGAACCUCCCGAGCAGUGGGAAGGAGUGCGGGAUGGGACUGCAGAUUGUAACAUCUGUAUUCAAUUUGACAAGAUGUCCAAAACCGUUGUAGGCAGUGAAGACUGUUUGUUCCUCAAUGUCUUCACACCCUCGCUGCCGGAGGCGGGAGAGACCAAGGCGCUACCGGUGAUGGUGUUUAUCCAUGGCGGCGGAUUCAUGUUCGGAUGUGGCACCGACACCUCGCACCUCGGCCCAGAGUGGCUCGUCGAACAAGACGUUGUCAUGGUCAGCCUUAACUACCGACUGGGCAUUCUCGGAUUCUUAAAUCUUGAUCGCCCAGACGCUCCCGGCAACAUGGGACUCAGGGACCAAGUCCAAGCUUUAAAAUGGGUACAGCAAAAUAUCUACAAAUUCGGAGGUGAUCAUAAUAAUGUCACUAUAUUUGGAGUAAGUGCUGGUGGCUCUUCAGUUGAAUAUCUUCUACUAUCACUAAUGGCCAAAGGCCUUUUUCAUAAAGCAAUUAUGCAAUCUGGAUCUACGCUACUGAACUGGGCUAUAAAUAAAAAUAUGAGGGAAAUUAUUCAAAAUUUACCACCAAUGAAAGACAAUAACGACCCAAACGAUGAUCAGCUGAUAAAAAUACUGAAGAGUUUGCCUAGUAAAGAUCUAAUUCUGGCAUCUAUGGUAGCUCUGGAUGCCACUAAGAGGAAAGGUGGACUUUAUUUUGGGUUUGUUCCGUCAGUUGAAAAACCUAGCGGAUGGGAGCCAUUUUUGGAUAAAUCUCCCCUGGAUUUAUUAUCUCACGGUGAAUUCACACGUGUCCCUGUCAUGACAGGCUUCUGCGCUCGCGAGAACAUUUUGUUGCGGUUUUAUGGUCCGCACUUGCUGGAUAAAUUAAAGCAGGAUAAAAUAUUUUUGGACCAUUUACCUUUUGAAAUCGAUAACGCAUUAAAGGAUGAAGUAGAAAAUAAAUUAAAAAAGAUAUAUUUGGAAGCCGAGAACCGCUACGGGGAAGACGACGAGUAUGCGAUAGACUUUUUCUCAGACAUCGAUUUCAUUGCCGGGAUUUAUAUUUCUGCUACGUUGAUAUCGAAAAAUAACCCUUCAGUAUACUUAUAUGAGUUCGCGUAUAGUGGAAAACUAAAUUAUUUAAAGGUGAAGCUUGGGAUCACAUCUCCCGGCGCGUGCCACGGCGACGACUCCGGGUACAUCCAGCCUUCUGCCGUGGUUCCCUCCGACAACAUAUCAGACACCGACAAAACCGUGAGGGACAGAAUGGUGACGCUGUUUACCAAUUUCGCUAAAUAUGGAGAUCCCACGCCUGCUGUGGACAGCAUCAUCACGACCAAGUGGGAGCCCCUCGGACCCUCGGGCCGCAGCCUGUUGAUCGACGAUCAGCUCACCAUGCGGUCUUUCCCGUACACGGCGCGAGCGGCGAUCUUCGAGCAAUUUUAUAACGGUCAAUAUGCACCUAAAUGUCAUUGUUAAUUAAUACUUUGUAUCCACAGCAUUACAUUAUUUUUGGAUUCUUCAUGAAUAAAUAUUUUACUAUCUUUAAAAAGGUCCUUAUUU